GGUCUGCGCUCCUCGCUUGUGCCGGGCCGGUCCCCUGGCGGCCACGGGCGGCCACUGCGGGGGGCGCCGCCCAUAAAAAGGCGCCGCGGGGCCCGCCCGGGGCGCGCUCGGUCUCUGCCUGCUGGAGCGUCUGGCCGCAUCUCCCGCGCGUCUUGUGCUCACAGACGGGCGCUCGCCUCUCCGCAUCGCCACCUCUUCUUCCAUCUCCACCAUCCACAACAUCCCGUUAGGGGACUAGCCAUGCUGCACUGGGGAUACGAAGAGGACAACGGACCUUCUCACUGGAAGGAAGUUUUCCCUAUUGCUAAUGGAGACCGUCAAUCUCCCAUUGAUAUCCAAACUCAGCAGACCAAAUAUGACCCCACUCUACGUCCAAUCUUCCCUGACUAUGAUCCUGCUUCUGCUAAAGUCAUCCUCAACAAUGGACACUCCACCAGUGUGGAAUUUGAUGACACUGAAAAUAAAUCAGUGCUGAGUGGGGGUCCACUCAUUGGAAAUUAUAGGCUGCGGCAAAUUCACUUCCAUUGGGGCCCCAGUGAUGACAUUGGCUCUGAGCAUGCAGUCGACGGAACAAAAUUUGCAGCAGAGCUUCACGUGGUCCAUUGGAAUGCAGACAAAUAUGCCACCUUUGUUGAGGCUGCUCGCCAGGCUGAUGGAUUAGCCGUCAUGGCUGUUUUCUUAAAGGUGGGUGAAUGCAAUUCACAGCUGAAGAAAAUCACGGACCAUUUGGAUGGUAUUAAAGUCAGGGGUAAACAGCAUAGGUUCACCAACUUUGAUCCUUCCUGUUUGCUCCCUCGUUCUCUGGACUACUGGACUUACCUUGGCUCUCUCACAGUUCCUCCUCUUCUCGAAAGUGUCAUCUGGAUCAUUCUUAGAGAGCCUAUAAGUGUUUGCUCUGAACAGCUAGCUAAAUUUCGCAACCUUCUCUGUACUGGUGAGGGAGAAGCUGCCUUCUGCAUGCUGAAAAACUUCAGACCUCCACAGCCUUUAAGGGGCCGGGAAGUGAGAAGAAAUUAAAGGGGAGAGAAAGGAAACAAUGCACAGCAAUAGCUCACACUGUUGAGGAAGCAAAACACAUUUUAAUGCAUUUUAAUGUAUUCUAUUUUUAAUGUACAUACAUUCUUAUUAGGAAAUGAUCCAGCCAAUGUUAAUCAUUUUGAAGUCGUAGGGAUUUUGAGGAGAGAUUUAAGCACAUGCUUAACUCUGCUACUAAAACCACUAGGUCUUAAAAUGCUUAAGGUUUCUGGAUUGUGCCCCUGAUUUUUUAAUAGAUAAGUUAACAUUAUUUGCUUUGGGUAUUGGAAUUAAUAGAUACUGUUUCGUUGCUGUUUAACUAUAGUAGAUAAGAACGUAUCACUGAAUAUAAAAAUAUGAUUAGGUAUGAUCGUAUUGUAUUGUGAUAGAUUAGGAUAGUCAGUAGUAGCAAAAUAAGAUUUGUUCAGAGUUGUAGCAAAUGAGCCAAAGCUGUGUUUUGUGGCCUGAAUGAGUUUCACACCUUACAUGAAUGCACUGUAAUGUGUUAGGUGGGGUGGCACUAUCUUAUCUAGAUUGGACGGAUAUCAGUUAACAAUACUUUAGGUAUGGGAUGGCCCGUCUCGGAGCAGAGGGUUAGAAAUAGAUGAUCCAUUGAAGUCCCUUUCAACUUGUCUAAGGUUCCAACUCUCUCCCUCCAAAGAAUCCUUGGAAUUGUAGUUCUUUAAAAAGCUAAUAAGGAAUCCUUGGGACUCCCUCAAAAAUGACAACUCUGAGCAUUCUUUGCUCAGAGGAAACCGUAGUGUUUAACCAAAUCAAGCCAAUUUAAAUACGUAGUAUAGAUAUACUAGGAUACUACAGUGGAGAAACUCAAAUUCCCUUUAAGCCUAUCAUUCUGAAUGUUCGCCUCAGGUCCCCUGGUCCUUCCCCCUGACAAUUAGAAGGAACAUGGGUGAGGUGUUUCCUAACCUCUUUGCCGAGAGGCCAUAUCUAGGUAGUAGGUGUGAUUUAGACAGUCAGUUAGUUAAGAAACUUCACCUUCUCUUAAAGUCUGACUUUCCUCCAGAAUUUCUGAAGACAUUUCUUCUGCUUCAGCACCUUAAAAUGGAACCAGAACAUUUUUUGCCGGGGGGGGGGGGUGGGGGAGAAAAAACUCAAAGAAGCUGCAACCUCUGGAGGUCAUAGCUCCAGAGGUGGAAAUUGUCCAGGUGUUCUGGAGAGAAAGCAAGACUUGGGUUUCAUUAAAAACGCACAAACAUAAAGAGAGAAUUAAGGCCCAAUUACAUAUAACAAGGCGAUGUGUGGAUGCUACCAACCAGAGUCAACAUGGGAAUGUAUAUUUGGGGGGUGGAGAUGGUGGGUAGUGUGAGAGUAGCAUUUUCUCACCCCCUGUAACCAACAGCCAAUGUAGUGGCAGUGUGUUGUGAGUGCAGGGGGUGUGAGAGAGGUGUGUGGAAAUACUUACAUAGUGGUGUCAGAAGUUUAUUUUCAGGUUAUCUAUAUUGGAAGAGACAUGGGUUCAUAAUGCCUGCAUGUAUCCACCCUAAGGUAUGGUUUGGCUGGGAAAUAGGCCUCGCUGGAACUUGGAAAGAUAGGGUAUAUGUACGUUAAGCUAAAUACUAUAAAGUAGGGGUAGACAACUGGGAAUCUUCCAGAUGUUUUGCAUUACAAUUCCCAUAAUUCCUGACAUGGGCCAUGCUGGUUUUGGCAUGUGGAAGUUUUAGUCAAAAACACCUGGAAGCCUUCAGAUUGUCUAUCUCUGAUAUAAAGGAUAAAUGAUGAGGAUGUGAAUGAUGGUGGCAUGUUUUCGUUUUCUUUUUUAAACCCUGAGUUGUCCCUAAUACUUUUAUGUUGUCUGAAUAGCUGCAUAAAGAAGGCACUGUAAGGGGUUCUAAAGAUGUUAUUUGUAUCAGGGCAGGAAGUGCUGAGGCUGGGGUUACUGAUGUAUGUUUUCAUGUUAGAAUUGGGGACGGGGGAAAGUCCCCAAAACAUACAUUCUAAUUUAUUAGCAAUAAAUUGAGUUUAUUCUGUAAUGUUAUAUUUAUGAAUUGCAUCAAAUAAAAGCAAGUGAUACAAAUA